AUGCAACGAGACGAUGAUCACAAAGUAUAUUUCUAUGGAUACCAUGACGAGAAUCCGUCUUGUGUGCGUUCACUUUGAAUCAACUCCUUCUCGCCACUGUGAGCACUUGUACUGUGGGGGUAGAGCGUCCUGAACCCCUUCGUUCGGUUCCCCGUUGCUCCACUCAAGUUAUCGUCUUUGUGAUGACUGAGGUUGCUCAGGACUAUGGAUCCAUGCUCAUUGGUGGCUUGCUAGCCUUCGGAACUCCUCACAGCUUGUCGGGUUGUGUCAACAUGCAAUUCUUCGUGUACUGGCAACUGUACUCUUAUGAGUCUUGGCGUGCCAAGUCAUUGGUCAUUGCAACAUGGCUGCUCGACUUGUGCCAUUCCGCGUUUUUGGCAGUUGCCCUAUGGGAUUCCAUCAUUGUGCCCUACGGUGAUAUGGAUGAACUUGACAAGAUCCCUUGGAGUGUUGGUCCUGCGGUCGAGCUUACUGCUAUGAUUACCUUCCUCGUCCAAAGUUUUUUCGCAUAUCGAAUCUACAGAUUGCAAAAGAAGAGGCUUGCUGUAGUGAUCCCAAUUGUUACACUCGCUUUCUUUCGCUUAGUUGCGGCUAGCGUCUCGAUGGCCGAGAUGAUCCGCUUGCGAUCAUACGCCGCAUUCGUUGAGCACCCUUUCCCAUGUUGGAUCUUCACCUUGGGCCUUUCACUUUCAGUAUUCGUCGAUAUCAUGAUCACAGCGUUCAUGUGCUACUUCCUUCGCAAAAAUCGCUCGAUGGUUACAAGCACCACGCGUAUUAUCGACACCCUGACAGUCUGGACGAUUCGCAAUGGAUCGGUGACAAGUGCUGCGGCCGUCGCAUCAUUGAUUUGCUGGUUGGCUAUGCCUGAAAACCGCAUAUUCCUAGGUCUUCAUUUCGUUAUAGCAAAGUGUAAGCCAUCUUUGACUCUUACGAACGCGUCUCACCUUCCGGUGGAUCUUGUCGAAGUAGUAUAUGCAAUCUCCCUUUUGGCCACUCUUAAUGCCAGACAGCAUAUGAGAAACGGAAAGCAAUACAAUUUUUCGAGCGGUUAUCCUUUGCCGAUCGUCUUUUCAGAGGACUGGGAGAAUGCACCGGAAGCUUUGCGCUCGCAACACGGAUUUCCGAUGCAGCUUGAUCCUUAUAAACCAAGAAAUGAAAAUACAGAGAGGGGGCAAACAAUUCAAGUAAACGUUGAACGGGUCGUGGAGUCCAAGUUUGAUGAUGGCUGUACAAAAGCUAUUUUGUGGCUCUUGGGAAUUCUUGGAAAGUCUAUGGAUCCGAUGGUUUGA